CGCCAGUCAUGCCACCCCCCAGUGCGUAUAAGGAAGCGAACCGCGGCUCGGCACCUCCUCGCCCACCGCCGCCGCCGUCGCCGACCAGAUCCCGCGCCGCCCCGCGCCUCCGGCCAUGGCUCCGCCGUCCUCUGAAGAGCCUGCCGCCGCCCAGUCCGCUGGGGCCGGCGCUAUCUCCAAGGUCCUCGUCGUCAUAGCGAUGCAGACGGAGGCGCUCCCGCUCGUCACCCGGUUCCAGCUCGUCGAGGCGGCCGCCGACGAAUCCAUAUUUCCUAAAGGUGCCCCUUGGACUCGGUACCAUGGCGACUAUAAAGGCCUCCACAUCGAUCUCGUCUGGCCUGGAAAAGAUCCUGUGCUCGGAGUUGACAGUGUUGGUACAGUAUCCGCAGCUCUGGUGACUUAUGCUUCUAUUCAAUUGUUGAAGCCAGACCUUAUCAUCAAUGCUGGUACUGCUGGUGGUUUUAAGGCCAGAGGAGCAGGUAUUGGGGAUGUCUUCUUAGCUUCAGAUGUUGCUUUCCAUGACAGGAGAAUACCCAUUCCUGUUUUUGACAGUUAUGGAAUUGGAGCACGAAAAACAUUUGAAACCCCAAAUAUAGUGAAGGAACUCAAUUUGAAGGUUGGGAAACUGUCAACUGGUGAUUCUCUGGAUAUGUCCCCCCAUGAUGAGACAGCAAUACUGAGCAAUGAAGCUACAGUCAAGGAUAUGGAGGGAGCAGCAGUGGCAUAUGUUGCUGACUUGUUCUCAACACCCGCUAUCUUUGUCAAAGCUGUGACUGACAUUGUUGAUGGGGAGAAGCCAACAGCCGAGGAGUUUCUGCAAAACCUGAUCUCGGUGACGAUGGCGCUGGACCAGGCAGUCAUGCAAGUGGUAGACUUCAUCAGCGGCAAAUGUAUCUCUGAUCUCUGAACGCUGAACACUCCGCCAUGCUGUUCUGGGGUCCACAAACUGAGGGAGCCUGAAUAUAUAUUGUUGGCUGUAUAAUGUUUCCUGGGGGGUUUCACACACGAUUUUACAUUAUCGUAACCCCUAUGUAAAAAAUUCUUGGCGAUUACUCGGAGCCAUUGUAUGGGAUUUUGUAGAAUUUUACAAACUGUGCAGCUUAGUGAAGCUCGGCUUAAUAAGGUGGUGUAUUGUUACACUGGAAUAAAUGAUGGGCACGGGAACUCCCAUGGAUUCAGCACAAUGGUUGAUGGAUCUUGCCAGCUCCAUCACAUGGUGCUUUGCAAGUGCAGUGAGCAAUGAAUACUUUCCAAAUGCAGUGAGUAGUAAAGGAACUCAUUUUUGGGAGCAGCUGUGCCAUAUGUAUGCUGAACCAUUUAACUGCAAUAAUUCUACAGUAUUGUUUGUUGGACUCA